AUGAACAACCAAAAGGACACGGCCGGAUCAUCAGAGCCUGCCAAGGGAGAUGGGAAGAAACGCCGCUUAGAGUACGACGACGAGAGCGAGAACGCAGAGGUUACUGCUGGCCGGAAGGCGCCAAAGCGCGCACGGAGAAAAGCACCGCAAGCCCUCACUACGGUGUACAUGACCCGUAGUAGAGCCCAUAGACUGGCUGCGGAGGCGGAAAGGGAGGUUAAUGUGGCUAGGGCAAGGAACCAACAAUUAGAGGCUGUCAGCAGAGGGCCUCUGAACGAGGUUAGACCAGGCUCAGCCUCAGUGAGAUUGACCCAAAGUAGGGCUAGAGGCCCUGCACCACUUGUACCCGCUCCUGGACCUCGUCCGAGGUCUGGGAGUGGUGUAGUUAUCCAAGGGACUGGCGCUUCCAGCGAAAAUAAAUCUGGAAGCAGUGACAAGCAGAGCCAGGGCCAAAAGAGUCGGCAGGUUGGACAUGGCAGCUGCAAGCCAUCAACAUUGUCACAGAAGAAGAGCCGACGCGACAAAGAUGAUGGUGAUAAAGAGAAUAGACCGCCAAAGUACUUUACUCACGCAAACAUGCUAUCAGCCCAUUAA